AUGUCAUCAGAUUAUAAUAAUAUAAAAAAUUUAUGUGAAACCAUUAUUUUCAAAAUAUCAAAAACUUUAAACAAUAAGGAUAAUGAUGAUAAUUUAUUGGGAAAAAAAGAUGCAUCUGAAAAACUAUAUUCGUUCCCAUAUAAAGAUGUAGCAAUUUGUUGGCUACGUUUGUACACAGAUGCAAUUAUUAAGAAUUUGGAUAUGGCUUUAGUGAUGACAAAUGCUCCUGGAUAUGAAAGAAAAGAAUUGAUAUUUAGUCUUAUAGAAGAAGAAGAGAAGGAAAAAAGAAAAUUUCCAAAAUACGAAAAAUUAGAUAAUCCAAUAUCAACUUCAAAAUCGUCAACAAAAUCUACUAUAUCAUCAUCAUUAAUACCAAAAAUUCCAUCGCCGAGUAUAUCAUAUUUUACAUCUCAUGUAACCUCCAAUAAUCCAACGCCUUUCAUCAUCACAUCAUCAAUUUCACAUUGGCCUGCAUUAUCAACAACUCCAUGGACUCAACAUAAUUUGUUUGAUCAAAUUCCUAGUCUUAAAGAUGACAUAUUGAUCCCUGAUUAUUGUUUUGUAAAUACAGUCAUACCUUUUUCAAAUCUUCCUUCAUCCACAAACAAUUCAAAUGAUGUUGAUGAUGAUUACAAUAAUUGUAAAGGGAAUGAGAACAACCAAAAACCAAGAAAAUAUAACCCUCCUCCUGAUGUUAUUAUAAAUGCAUGGUUUGGACCAAAAGGAACCAUUUCACCCAUGCAUACCGACCCCUAUCAUAAUCUUUUAGCUCAAGUUGUAGGAAAAAAAUAUAUAAGAUUGUAUUCGCCUGAAGAAACUACCAAUCUAUAUCCUUUUGAGCAAGAUGGAUUUCUUGGUAACACAAGCCAAGUUGAUGUAGAAGCACCAGAUCUUGAACGUUUUUCUCGAUUUGCUUCAGCUAAAUAUCAAGAAUGUAUUUUGGAACCCGGAGAACUGUUGUAUAUCCCACCUGGCUGGUGGCAUUAUGUAAAAUCAUUAACCAUAAGUUUCAGUGUAAGCUUUUGGUUUUAA